GGACAGGCGAGCAAUUUGCUGCUUGACGUACGCGCGAAAACGCAGACGCAGCACUGCUCUCGCACGCUCACAUCAUCUCAAAAGCACCGCAUUACUGCACCGCGAAAAGCGCCGCACCGCUAACACAUGGCAUCCACCACAAAAGACAAGCUCACCGCCGCCGCCGCGGGCGCGGCCAUAGCGCUCGUCGUCAGCCGCUACCUCAAAAAGCAAGCACCGUAUGAUGCAUCCCAUGAUGAAGUGAGAGCCAUCGUCCGACCGAACAUUAGGAAAUUGGAGCCGUACCGGUGCGCGCGCGACGACUACGAGGAGGGCGUUUUGCUCGACGCGAAUGAAAAUGCCUACGGUGCGUGCGUGAAAAGCGACGAAGCCUUGGUGAAGGCGGCGCUGAAAUUUGAUUUACAUAGAUACCCCUGCCCGCAUCAACGUACUGUCAAAGAUCGCGUCGCGGCGUUCCGAGGUGUGAAGCGCGACAACGUGUUUGUCGGUGUGGGAUCAGACGAGGCCAUCGAUUUGCUGUUCCGAGUGUUCUGCGAGCCGCGGACGGCGAAUGUGGUCGUGACGCCGGCGACCUAUGGCAUGUACAAGGUGUGUGCGGCAACGCAAGAUGUGGAAGUUCGAAGUGCCAAUCUGCUGCCCGAGUCGUUUGACGUGGACGUCGACGCUGUGGAACGAGCUGUCGAUGCGAACACGCGGUUAGUGUUCCUCUGCAGUCCGGGCAAUCCGACCGCGAGACAAGUGCCUCGGAAAACGGUAGAAAGAUUACUGGCUUCGCCCAAGCUACAACGAACAAUAGUGGUCGUAGACGAGGCCUACGUGGACUUCGCGCCGGAGCCGUCGACCGCACCCUUGGUGAAGACGUACCCUCGGUUAGUUGUAUUACAUACGCUGUCCAAAGCCUUUGGCUUAGCUGGUGUAAGGUGCGGCACGGCGAUCGGGUCUCCCGCUACCAUACACUACAUGAACGCCGUCAAGGCGCCCUACUCCAUCAACAAGAUGACGUCGUGUCUGGCCGCGGAGGCCCUGUCGUCUCCAUCACUGGCGGCGUUGAAAGCUGUGGUAAAGGAUACGCUGCGGGAGCGCGAGCGACUCGCGGCGCGGCUCGCUUCCUUACCGUACGUGUGCACCGUGUUUCCGUCGGACGCGAACUUUUUGUUGGUGCGCCUGAAGCAGCACGACAAGGCGAAGCCGCUGUACACGAAGCUGGCCGAGAGCGGCGUCGUCGUGCGGUACCGAGGCGACCAGGCGAAUUUAUCCGGGUGCAUCCGCGUGACCGUGGGGACGCCGAGCGACAGCGACGCGCUGCUGAAGCUGCUGGGCGAGGUCGCGCCGUCGUUCGGUUUGAUCUAAGAUAUCAUGAGUUAACUUAGAACGAGGUAGUCUAGGACGGCCACGUCACGAGGUGCAGAGCGGGAGGGCGUCGCGGUUCGGCCGCGAACGAGGUCCCGCCCCGCGGCAUGCAGAGGGAGAUCAG